AUUAGGUGUGUGUGAUUGCUGUCACCUUGAGCGAAGGUUAAUGCAAUAUGAAUCAGUGCUCAAACAGAGACCGUAUAAGGAGCCAAUCACAUUCUAAAUUAUGCAAUACACGGGUGCACUUUCUAAUUUAUAUUGCUCUUUUCACCUGUUAAAAAACAUACUGUAGUCUGGAAUUAUAAAAGCGAGCGAGAGACCAAUGUCACUUCUAAAGGUCAGUCGGGUUUUAUCACUUUCAAACACUAUCCCCCUUAACAACAAAGAUUCACAGCACAUCGCACAGGUCAUUUAAUUGACCGCCUAAUUAAACGUUCCAAAAUGCCAAAACGAGCUGCGUCCCGAUGACAUUUGUGAGAUCAAAAUGGGUUUUCAGGGAAAACAAAAAAGGAAACUUCAAUCUUAAAUUGUUCCAAUUCAGUACCUGCCCAAAGGCAAAGCAGGGAAGGACGUGCACCAUAAAUAAGUUAAAGCUUAAUUUUCCUUUCAUGCUGCAUCUGGUGACGGAGUUGCUACUGACCUCAACGGUCUUUCAUGUGGAAUGAGUCAACCGGCUGAAAGACAAUGGACGAUAUUUGCGUAAAUGUAAAGCAACCAGAAAAUGAAAAUGAUGAACAGCGUGUACAAGAAGACAAGAGAGAGGAAGCUACAGCGGAAGAAAAGCUAAUCAGUGCUAAUGAGCCUUCAUGGAAACCAUGGCCACAAUCACGCUCACAAAUCAGAGAGUGUGUGCUGAAUGUGAAGAAGCUCCUGGUGUCUCUCGCCAGCAUGGAGUGGUACUGUUAUGCUCUGUUAGGGAUCAUCACAGCUCUAAUGAGCUUCUUCAUGGACAUGACUGUGGCGAAGCUGCUAAACGCCCACCAGUGGCUGUACGGCUGUCUGAAGGGUCACCACCUGCUGCAGUUCCUCUGCUGGACGCUUUACCCAGCCUGCCUCUGUGCUCUGUCCACCAGCUUCGCCCACAGCGUCUGCCCAUACUCUGCAGGCUCUGGUGUUCCUGAAGCGAGGGCUAUUCUCUUAGGAGUGGACAUGCCAGAUUACCUGUCUCUCUCCAAUCUGUUUGCUAAAAUGUUUGGCCUGAUAUGCACACUAGCCGCUGGCAGCACUGUGUUUCUUGGCAAAGUGGGCCCAUUUGUCCAUUUAUCUAUCAUGGUUGGUGCAUUUAUGAACCGUCUGCAUGUCUCCUGUCGUGGCGGAAAGCAGAGAGCAGCUAAAGGAGAAAUGUUGGUUGUGGCAUCAGCGGUGGGAGUUGCGAGCUGUUUUGGGGCUCCAAUAAGCGGCGUUCUCUUCAGUAUAGAGGUGAUGGGGACUCAUUAUUCAGUCAGCGAUUAUUGCCCCUGCUUCUUUGCAGCGGCGUGCGGCGCCAUCACCUUCAGGCUGCUUUCUGUCUGUAUUGGAGAUCAAGACACAAUCCAAGCCCUGUUUAAGACCAGCUUUUCUACUGAUCUGCCUUUUCAGCCUUUUGAAAUAAUAAUUUUUGCUCUGCUUGGGCUGUUUUGCAGUAUUCUCAGCUGUAUUUACUUACUCUGUCAUCGCUGGGCUCUGCGUUUUGUCAAAACAAACAAACCCAUCAGCACAUUUUUGGCAACAGAAAAGUCACUUUAUUCAGCCAUAGUGGCAUUUCUUCUAGCCUGCUUUACGUUUUAUCACUCGGCGGGACAUUUCAUAGCUUCUGAGCUCACAAUGAGGCAGCUGCUUACUUCGAUGCUAGAUGGCACUUCCUGGUAUAACAUUUCCCAGAAUAUAUCUGCACUGCCUGAGCCACAAAACACAUUCUGGCAGGCCUGGAAUCCACCAGGCAAAAGUUACUUCCAAACGCUGACAUUUUUCAUUAUCACCAAGGUGGGGCUGCUGGUCGUGGCUUGUACUUUACCUUUACCUGCUGGUUAUUUCAUGCCAGUAUUUGUUUAUGGUGCAGCAGUGGGCCGUUUUAUCGGCGAAGGCUCUUUCUAUCUGCUCUCAGGUGGAAUCUCAUCAGGGAAGAGCCUGAUAAACCCAGGCGGCUACGCUUUAGCAGGAGCGGCUGCUUUCUCCGGGGCCGUGACACACACACUUUCUCCUGCCCUGCUGGCGGUGGAGAUGACCGGUCAGUGUUCCUAUGCUGUUCCCGCUCUGGUGGCGACGCUCGUGUCCAAUGCUGUGGCUCGGGCUAAACACAGGCCGUCUUUCUAUGAUGGCAUAUCGCUUAUUAAACGGCUCCCGCACCUGCCGUCUCUAAUCCGCGCAUGUCCGAAGUUGGCCGAUGUUCAGAUUAAGCAGUUUGUGAUCCCAGCAGGAGCUGUUCUGGAAAGGAGCGAGAAGCUGAUAAGUGUUCAGCACAUCCUAAAGGAAAGCACAGACUCUGAACUACCUGUGGUGGAGUCACGCGACUUCUCUGUUCUCCUGGGCACAAUCAACAGAUCGCAGUUGCGCGAGUGUCUGCUUGAGCAUAGAAAUGAGGAUUCAUGUAAACAGCUUGAAGAAGUGUGUUGUGUUCAGCCUGUGCGUCUUCAUCUGACUCCUGACAGCACAGUAAAGCAGGCUCAUUGCAUCAUGAGCAUCACGGGUGAGCAGCGUCUGUUUAUAACAGAGAGUGGGCGACUGUGUGGCGUCAUCACAUGGAAAGAGGUGACAAGAGCAGCCUGCAAGAACAAACAUAAACACAUCCACACACACAUCUAUACUCCAAUCAAAUACACCAAUGAACACAGAGCUCAUACAUUACAAUUCAUUAUAAAAUCUGAUUUUUCUUCCAGAUGAAAAAAAUUAUUGAAGAGAUGGCAAAGGAGGUCUGAUGAAUAAAGGGUGCAUCAAUUUGCGCUUGUCAUUUUAAUUCUAUAAGUUGUUUACUGAAAAUAAAAGUCAAACCUUCUGAAAUGGCCAGUUUUAUAAUCAGAAUUGUGAAUGGUUUCCAGCCUGUCCAGUUCUCUUUGUUUGUUUAGUACUUUCUCUCAUGUUAUUUUGUGGAUGAAUUGGAUUCCUUGUGGACUAUUCACUUAUUUUAAAUUAAAAUAAAGUUAAAAGCUACAUUU